GGUGACGUCGUUUCCGGUGUGUUGCUCUUUGCUCCACAAUGAAAAUGGCUUCCGCGGUAGUUGUUGACACUUCUGCUGGUAAAGAUGUUAUAGCUGAGGGGAUGCUCGACCUUUUAAAACCAGCCAUUCAACAAUUGGACCUGCAUGUACACUCCGUCAGAGAGAGCCAAGUCGAACUACGGGAACACAUAGACAAUCUUGCCACAGAAUUAUGCAGGAUAAAUGAACAUCAAAAGGUGGCUCUUGAUCUGGACCCAUACGUGAAGAAACUUCUCAAUGCAAGACGAAGAGUCGUACUUGUAAACAAUAUUCUGCAAAACGCUCAGGAACGUCUAAGAAGACUAAACCAUAAUGUAGCCAAAGAGACAGCACGAAGAAAGACCAUGUUGGAGGCCUCAGGAGUGUUCACCUCACGCACUCCCAGUAAACCCUGAGCAUCCAUGUUUUCUGCACGGCAAAUAUAGGUUGGCCUCAUCAACAAGGACACUUAAAUACAGAGAGCCAGCUCUACAUCGAGGUGACCUGCUGCUUCCGUCCUGCACUGCAUCGUCUGAUCAGCUUUCGAGAUGAGAUUCCCUUGUCGAACCUCUUCAAUUGAACAAUUGUCACAAUUUGUUCCCUCUGCAUUUCUAAUCAUUUUUGGCGGCGUACAAAAUUUCAAUAGCCAAAUACUUUUGGAGUUAAUUUUACUUGUUCAACAGGUUGGAGUUGUUAUGGAUGCACGGCUCAAAUCAAAUUGGAAUGGUCUUGCAACUUGCGAUAUCUAUUGAAGCCCUUCCUCUCAAUUGGUCGAGUUUUUUUUUAUUAUUAUUAUGUUUAUCAAUAAAAACAGUGUUCUAA